AUAAGGGAGCAUUGUGCAACUUUAAAUGAGCCUGUUCCCUAAUUGAUCAGCAACGUAACAACGAAACAAAAUGUUAACUGUUAAGUGAGGAGUUACUGUAAUGAGAAAGGAAAGCACAGGGGAGACACAAUAACUUUUUUUUUUUUUUUAGAAGUGAUCUGAUAAUUAUUAUUAUCGAUGAUCACUUUUCUGCUGACAACAAUGUAUAGUUAUAGCCCAGCCUUUAGUUCAGGAUCUGUUCACCUUCUCAGACUGAGAAACAUCUUGCUGAAUGAGUAGGUCCAUUGAAAUUACAGAGGCUACUCAAGGAACAAGGUACUACUCAAUGAGAGGAAGGAUAAUCCAAUGGGUAGGGUGUUCUCCUCGGACUUGGAAGACCUAUUCCCUGCUCUGCCACAAACUGCCUGUGUGACUGGAAAAGAGAGAUUAUUUCAAAAUUGCAAGAAUAAAUACACUGAAGAAUGUGAGGUGCUGUUUAAGUGCUAUGGUAAUCAGGACCAUAUAAGUGUGAUAGAUAGGUAGAUAGAUAGAUAAGAGGAGCAGAAUCUGGCUCUGAAUUUUUUGACAAUUCUUGUUUAAAAAGCUGUUAAUAUCUAAUGUACAUGUUAGCCUUGCAUUUGGGGUAAGUGUGAUCACAUAUAAUUCUUUUUACAACACAGUUAGAAUUUGGAAGAUAGGUAACUGGAUACCAGAGCUUUUCUUCUAUGGAUCACAGUUGAUUGAUGCUGCAUGAUCCCAACCACUCCAGGCUGAAGGGAGUGAAGAGUAGCACGUGCAUGCGCCGUCCGGAGAAGGGUGUGGUGCGCUCCAGCAGGCCGGGAUAGCGUGGGUUCAUCAUCAGCUUCAGUUUCUGCAGGGAAGUGUUUGCAGCCACUGUCGUGAGUCUGUUGUGUCUCCUGCGUCCAUCUGUGCUGCCUUGUAGAGCUUGAGGCUACAUUGAGAACACUGUGUUAACUCUUGAGGGUUCAGCCGAGUGCUAGUUCAUCAUUUAGCAGCAAGGCAUUCCCUGGGAAAUAUCCCACCUGAUCUCAACACGUUGCUUUAGGAGACGUUCAUGAGCAGAUCUGCAGAGAAUCCUCUGAUGAGUAACUGCAGGGAGAUUUGGGGAAAGGGGAGCUGCUGCUAAGGUGUGUGAGCAAGAAACUGAAGGGGCUCAAGAAGCUGACAUAGGACAUUGUUCCAGUGAUCCUGUGCAAGUCUGUUUUAAAUGUAAUGGUGGAGGGCUCGUUGUGAUUGUACUGUACAGUAUCACCCAGCAUCAUGAGUCAAAAACGCCGAGCAAGUCAUAGUGGAGUGCCUAGUGGUAGCAGUACCACUAGCAGUAAGAAAACCAGGAAAACCAUUAGUUUGGGUACUAAAUUAGACGUUUUAAGGCAUUUUGAUGCAGGUGAGCGUGCGGUAGACAUUGGCAUCACUCUAGGUCUUACUCCGACCACCGUGAGAACAAUUCGGAGUAAUGCCGACAAGAUCAGGGCUAGUGCUCGGUGUGUAACACCGCUUAGUGCUACUAAAAUAAGUCGAUCAAGAAGUAGUUUGAUGGAAAACAUGGAGCGUCUUCUCUCAGUGUGGAUAGAGGACCAAAACCAGCGGAACAUACCUCUAAGUUUGCCUGUGAUACAAGCGAAGGCAAAAAGUUUGUAUGACAAAUUAAAGAGAGACCAAGGUGAAGGAUCACAGACAGAGAUGUUCAUGGCAAGUCGGGGGUGGUUUGAUCGGUUCAAGAAGCGCUUCCACCUGCACAACAUGAAGAUGUCCGGUGAGGUGGCUAGUGCCGAUCCUGCAGCAGCUAAAAAAUUCCCCGACUAUCUCAAGAAAAUAAUUGAGGAAUGUGGCUAUUCACCAAAGCAAGUCUUCAAUGUCAAUGAAACGAGCCUCUACUGGAAGAUGAUGCCUGAACGGACGUGCAUUUCCCGAGAGGAGAAGACAGCGCCUGGAUUUAAAGCAGUUAAAGAUCGCCUAACCUUGCUUCUAGGUGGUAAUGCUGCUGGAGACAUGAAGAUGAAACCACUGACUGUGUACCAAUUUGAAACACCACGAGCUCUCAAGGGAUUUUCAAAGGAACACCUUCCGGUCAUUUGGAGAUCCAAUAAGAAGGCAUGGAUAACUGGAGCUAUUUUUUCAGAAUGGCUGACUCUCUAUGCCGUCCCUGCAUGGAAGGAAUAUUGUGCCAAGGAAAACCUUGAUUUCAAGAUUUUAUUACUUAUUGAUGAUGUACCAGCUCAUCCAGUCAACCUGGACGACCUCUGCGAAAAUGUCAAAGUUGUCUUUCUGCCGCCAAACACCACAUCACUCAUUCAGCCCAUGGACCAAGGAGCCAUUGCUGCAUUUAAGGCAUAUUACUUACGCCGUACUUUCGACCAGCUCAUCAGAGGCACUGAUGGCGAAGGCAAGCCUACAAUUCGGCAAUUUUGGCGUGACUACAACAUCCUCAAGUGCAUCAAUAACAUCGGUGAGUCCUGGGCUGAAGUUACUCAGGCAUGCAUGAACGGUGUGUGGUGGAAGUUGUGGCCUGAAUGUGUCAAUGACUUAAAAGGAUUUAAAGAUGUUGUUCCCGCUAUGAAGAAAGAUAUUCUCGGCUUGGCCAAGAAAGCGGGUUUUGAUAAGGUGGAAGAAGCCGACGUUACACAACUUCUGCAGUCACACGGAGAAGAGCUAACUAAUGAAGAUCUGAUGCAACUAGACAUGAUGAGAGCAGUGGAAGACGAGGGCCAAGAAGUAAAAGAAGAACCAACCCAUCGAAAUUUGACUGCCAAACGGCUUUCUGAAGCUUUCCAAAUGAUUGAAGCUGGCUUGCAAAUCCUUAGUGAUGACGAUCCUGACAGGGAACGCAGCUCCAAAGUUAUUAGGGGAAUUGGUCAUCUAAUGACUUGCUAUAAAGAAAUUUACCAAGAAAAAAAAAGGAAAGCAAAACAACCAUCUCUAGAUAUGUUUUUUCGAGUUGUGACGGUUAAGGAAGAACAGCAAGAGGAGCAGCCGGACGAUCCACGCUCUUCCACCUCUGACUUCACCACCUCAACCAAGCUUAACAAUCAUCAUUGCUGAGUACAGUAUUAAAUUGUUUGUUUAAAACGUAUACCUGCAUUAAAUUGUUUGUUUAAAAUUUUUUAAAACUUAUACGG